CAGACACUGUUUUGUGAUUGACAUGAGUGCCACUUCUGCUUCGGAAAAAUGCGGUUUAUAAUUCUGCAGCUGAACUUCCUCAUUUUUCAAUCUCAGAAUCAACUUCAUUUCUCUGGCUGAGUUUUGUUUCUGUCAGAUUUCUCUCAUUUAACGACAACAUGUUUCGUGCUCUCAGCUUCUUUACUCUCCUGUUGGCACUUUCGAGAGCAGAUGCUCUCUAUGGUCAUAUAGUGCUUCAUUGCCAGUUUAGUUCCCCUGAUGGUCAGGAUGCUGUGUUUCUGGAGCAGUUCUACUUUAACAAGAUGCUCCUACUCCAAUACAACAGCACAGUGGGAAAGACGAUCGGCUACAUAAAAACAGCAAUGGACAUGGCAGAUAAGCUCAACAAAAAUCCAGAAUUUUUGAUUCAUGAGAAAUGGAAAACAGAACUUUGCAAAAAAAAUGCCCCGCUGGCUUAUAACAGUCUUCUGACACCAGUCGAGCCAUACGUCAGGCUGAGGUCAGUCAAGGCAGUGGACAGCACACAUCCAGGCAUGCUCGUCUGCAGCAUCUACAGCUUUUACCCUAAACAAAUCAGAGUGACUUGGCUGAGGGACGGACAAGAGGUAACAUCUGAUGUGACGUCCACUGAAGAACUGCCAGAUGGGAAUUGGCUCUAUCAAAUCCACUCCUAUCUGGAGUUUACACCCAGACCAAGAGAGAAAAUCUCCUGUAUGGUGGAGCAUGCCAGCCUCAUGCGGCCCAAGCUUUAUGACUGGGAGCCCAUGACAGACCCGGGGAUGAAUAAGCUCACUCUUGGGAUAGCAGGGCUACUGUUGGGUCUGGUCUUUGCUGUUGCUGGACUCAUUUACUACAAGAAGAAAUCCUCUUUGUGGGUUUUGGUGCCAACAACUGAGGUGUUUUAUCCAGAGCACACACUUUGAGCCAGAGAAACCUGUGGUGGAUUCACUGUCCAUACCGUCCUGAUCAAAUCCAAUGGCUCAGUAUAUGUGCUCAUUUCUACCUUUAGAUGACUCGUUCUUUUCAUUUUCUUGUUAAUGUAAAUGUUUUAAACUGUAUAUGUUCAUCAUAUGUGCCAGCAGCAGAUGAGCCCCAAAGCUCAAAGAAUAAAAACCCAGAUCAAUA